CUAAAAGGUUUUCUUCACUCUUUCUCCCGCUCAGCUCCUAAAAAGGGUCCCAACGGGCUGGCUCUGCCCAACGACUACUGUGACUUCUGUCUGGGAGACUCCACUAUGAACCAGAAGACCGGCCAAUCAGAGGGGCUGGUGUCCUGCUCAGACUGUGGACGCUCAGGCCACCCAACAUGCCUGCAGUUCACCCCCGUGAUGAUGGCUGCAGUGAAGACCUACCGCUGGCAGUGCAUCGAGUGCAAGUGCUGCAACGUCUGCGGCACCUCGGAGAACGACGACCAGCUGCUGUUCUGUGAUGACUGUGACCGAGGUUACCACAUGUACUGUCUAAGCCCUCCCAUGACUGAACCACCAGAGGGGAGCUGGAGCUGCCACCUGUGCCUGGUCCUGCUGAAGGACAAAGCCUCCAUAUACCAGCAGAACCAGGGCUCCGGCCCCGAGUGACAUCAUAUCAACAAGCCCCGCCCCUGAUGGAAACGUCAGACCUCUUCUCAGUCCGGAGCUCCGGGAAAUGUCCAGAUGUAGCUGAGCAGAUCGCAGAUCAGCUUUAGAAGUCUUAAUAUCUUCAGUGGGGGGUCAAACUAUAACUACCAGUCUGCCUGCAGAGCCCGUGGCUCCCGUCAAACACAUAUUGUGCGUAUAAAUACAAUAUAGACACACACACUCUCCUGGACUGUUACACACACUAGAUACAGAGACAGAAGGCAUGCAGUAACCAUAGUAACUGCUGUCUCCAUGGAAGCUCCCAGGAGCAAACGGAUUAGCAUCACAGCUAAUUAUCUGCACCCUCUCACGCUCAAAGACACAGAGGUGACUGUCGAGACAACACGUUUCUUUUUCUGCCAAAUUAUCUAUUUUGUACUCCCUUAAUGUGGGAGAAAGAAUAAAAACACCACAUAUACAGAUGAGGAACAUAAUUAUUAUUACUAUUGUUAUUGUUCUGGUUACUAGUUGACUUUUUUAGUGGCAUUUGUCUGUGUACUUUUGUCUGAUCCAUCAAUCUUUUUAAGAGGUUUCCCUGAGGGGAGCCGGUCAGUGCCAAGGUCCACCCUCACAUGAAACACGCGACAAAGACACACGGAGCUUAUCAUAAUCACUUUAACCAUCUUUGUUUCAUUUUGAAUCGGUGGGACAAAGAUGGUAACAAAAAGUCUUAAUUUCUUUGCCAACGAAACCAUUGGCUUUGACUCGUUAAGCUGUUGGCACAACUCUUUGGCCUUGCAAUUUUAGGGUUGCACCAAAAUCACCCUCUCAUCUCUGAUGCUGUUACUGGAUUGAUCAGUUACUUCAACCAAACACUAUACGACAUACUGUAAGUUGAAUAUUUCGUAAAAUACCGGUCUUCAAUUUAGUUUCGAGCUAACAUUCUCUUAUUUUGAAAAACCUGACCGUCAGCUGAUGCUGUUUUUAUGGGGGGAAACUGACCAAUACAUGAGAUUUGUAAUCAUCAGGUGCAUCCUUUUCUAUCACUUGUUUCGUGCUUUAAAAAACAGUUUGGCAGUGACAUCACAUGUCAUUUUUAAACAGCUGCUGUCAAACCCAUGACACACAUAAUCAUUUACAAACUGUAGCUGCUUUUAUCGUUUGUCACACAGGCAGAUUUGCAUGCAUAUUGCACCUGUAUGAAUGCACACACUCACACCACAAGUGUUUUCUUUUUCGUUGUAGGUUUUUUUUUUUUACAUUUUAUAUUACCUGAUAUUCCAUUGGUACUGGGAGUUUUUCUAGUAGAAUUUUGUAAAGUCUAUGGUAUAGCAAACACUUCAAGUAUAUAGCUCCUAUUGCAUUCUAUGUACUGUAUUGACUUUUUCUAUUUUUGUUAUGACUGUGACAUGUUUGAAUUUAUUUGAUUAUUCUGAUAUGUCAGACCUCCAUUUUGAGUAUUUGUAAAAUGAUGUACUUUGUUGUACUAUUUUUAUUUUUUCAUUUCUUUGGUAUCAAAGCCGAUUUAGCCUGACUGAAAUAAAAAUCACUUU